AUGAAGGUCUUCAUUGUGCUCUCGGUGGCAAUUGCCCUGGUGGCUUCUGCCCCGGCCGAAGAAUCGGAAAAGAAGGAAAAGCGAGGACUGGUUGACAUCGGUCAUAACUUCGGCUACGAGGAACCGCUCUACGAUGGAUGGACCGACAAGCACGUAACCAAACACGUGACCGUCCAGAAGAACGUUCACGUUCCGUACCCGGUGGAGGUGGAGAAACACGUUCCGGUUGCCGUUAAGGUUCCCGUUCCGGUGCAUGUGGAAAAACAGGUCCCUGUGCUGGUCGAGAAGAAAGUUCCCGUCUACGUCGAGAAGAAGGUUCACGUACCGGUUGAUCGCCCGGUCCCGUAUCCAGUGCAGGUGAAAGUGCCGGUCUACCAAAAGGAAGUGGUUGAGGUUGCCAAGCCCUACCCGGUGCAUGUCGAGAAACCCUAUCCGGUUUACGUGAAACAGCCCGUCUACGUUGAACAGCCGACGGUGUACGUGAAGGAUCACCACUACGGCAAGAAACCAUACUGGGGUUGA